AUGAUUUCCCCUCUGACCAUCCCCCCUGAACACAUUCCAAAGGCUGAGCUUUCUCUGAGUCGCAUCACGGAGGCCGAGGCUUCUCUGGGCCACUCUUCAAAGAUCAAGACCUCCCUGCGCUUGCCACUGACGGUAGCGACCAAUAUUUUGCGCUUCCUAUCCUUCACUGAUGCCAUCACCUUCGGCCAGGUUAACCGACUCUGUCACACCCUCUACAACUCCCCCCAGUUCUGGGUGGCCCGGUACAAAUCCAUCGGCAAAUGGGACGAGGAAGCGUACCAGAAACGCCCCAAACCUUCCAGCCUCCCCCCCGCAGACCCGCUCACAUGUUACGACUGCCUUCAGUAUGCGGACUCCCAGCUCAAGCCGCAACUUCUCGCGAUCCACCACUGCCUAGCGCCGUACUACGUGGACCUAGCCGGCUCCAACUCGCUGGGCAACUUCAAUGAUGUGAAGAUCUUCCAGGACUACAAACAGCCGCAGGACCAGGCCAGACUCUUGGUGAACCUCCAGCAGUACACGAAGCUUGUCAGGUCGUGCUCCAACUCCGAUGAAACCUCCAGCGCACGUCUCGAGUCCAUCUUGGAAAUCUUCCAAAACGCGAUCCUCCGUGAGUUGGAGAUUAACUAUGAGAAGCUGGCGCGCUCAGUGACCCCGGAGCAGCUUCUGGAGGUGAAGCUCUUUGCAAACAUCUUGAUCGACAUUGGUAGCGAAAACACCUUGGUGGAUUUCUUCUUGCAGCGCAGCUUGAACGAUAACGAGCCGAUUUUUGGCAAUGUCAGCGACUACUUUACGGAAAAUGAGAGCGAAGACGCCAAAGCGGGGCCGAACGAUGGAAAGGCAGUGCUGAUCAACAAAGAGGCGCUCCAUGCAAUGUUUGCAACGCUUGCAGACGUGUUCAACGUCCAGGCGGCGCAGGUGGAUGUCAUUUUCCCACAGAAGCUUCCGAUAAUGUACAAGCUCAGCGAGGAGAUGGUUUCAAAACACUUUAUCGAGUUCAUUGCCUUGGUCAUCGCCCGUGCAAAAAUCACGCCGGUGUACGCCGAGUUUGUGCCGUUCGUAUACCACUGCCUCGUGUACGACUUUGUGGGUGCUUUGGGGCCUUCUGCAAACAUGGGCGACAACAAAGCGCAGAUGCUUAUGCUUGUGGACUUGUACUACGAGCCGUUCGUCGUGGAAUAUAUCAACGAUUCGUUCGAGACAUUUCUCCAGGACAACAGCGCCACGCUACAGAAGUGGGACUUGCAGCGACUGGAGCGGGAACAGAAGACGGAGACGCACAUUCUCGCCCAGGUGGUGGACCCGAGCAACAAAAGGAGCGAUAAGCUUGACUUGUUAUCCUCUUUCAAGAAGAUUGUGAUCUUCAAUGGGCCAAAGAAGCAGGCCAAACAGGAUGAAGUGCCAAAGGAGGAGCUCACGGCGUUUGACGCCAAAAUCAAGAUUUUGAACGAAAAGCUCAAGUCUUUGAACGAGAUAGUGUCGUUGGAGUUGUCGAUGGGAAUCAUCAACGCAUCUCGGAUCCUCAUCAACCACAUGAACACGUUCCAAAACAUUGUCAAACUCAAGCCGUUCAUCAAUGAUACCAUCUCUAAGAUCUACUUGGAGUUGCUCCGGAGCAUUGGUUUCCACCAUAUCGGCUCAAGUUUUACGAAGGCCAUUGCCUUGCUCAACUCGUACGAUCCUACAAAGUUGUUUCUGGGGGCUAGAACCGAGAUCAACAAGAUCUCCACCGUUGAGCCGUUGGUGAUCUUCACGGAGCUCGUGAACCUCGCAGACCUCAUCCAGCAGACGCUCCACAUCUUCUACCAGGAGAACUUGGUGCACUCCAAGAUCAUUAACCCGAACCAGGACUUUCUCAACCCGAUUGUGGGGACCAAGAAGAAGUUUGAAACGUCGUUGGACAGUUAUGUUGCCAAUGGGUUGAAUGUAGGGAUCGAUGUUUUGGUCCACGAGAUCCAGUUUGUGUUUGAGAGCUUGCAAACCGUGACGGAUUACCACCCGCCGAACUUCGGGCCUACCGCGUGUGCCUUGAAAAACGUCGAGAUCCUCAAGAACCACGUCAACUUGCUCCAGGGGUCGACCGAUAAGGCGAUCAUCGACGUCUUCCAGCAGGAAAUCGGCGAACGCUUCUUUGCAGCGAUCGUGAAGAACAUGAAGCACAGGUGUGUUAUUUCAACCGACGGGGCGAUCACGCUCAUCGCCGACUUGAACUACUACUACGACUUUAUCCUUUCGUUGCGCCAGAAGCCCUUGGUACCGCUCUUUACCGCGUUGAAGAACGUCGGGUCCAUGUUUUUGAUCGACGGGACAGAUGCGAAAACGUUGGGAAAGAUGUGUUCGGAUUUGGGCAAGUUCAACGGGGUGUUCACCCAGGAGGAUAUCUACGAGUUUGUCCAGCGCCGAAGCGACUGGGCAGUGAUCAAGCGCCAUGUCGAGAAGGUCAUGUACGGAUUGACCUUGGGGGAGUGUUGUAUUGUGUAG